AUUUGAGCCGGCUGAGCCAGCCGUUCCACGCUGCCCUGUUGGUAUUAGUCAGCCGCAGUGGUCGCACGCACCCUCCAAAGAACGGUCGAGGCCCCGCGGCAGCCCUUGCCGGCCUAGGUUCGCGUAAAAACCAAAUCAGGUUUGACCAAAGCAACAGGUGACGGCACUGCGACAAGCAAACAAGAUCAAGGCACCCAAAUGGACGAGGCCCGACGAGGACAAGGCGGCUUCGAGGCCUGGAAGGGCACGCCGCGCGAGCCGAGGACGAGCGUGCCCGUCGUGACGCCGUACCCAGCGGUCUCGCCGGCGCUGGAAAACGAGCGGCGGCGGCGACAGCAAGCGGAAGCUGCCGACGAGGGCGUCGCCACUCCGCGGCCACGCGCGCCGCCCGGGCUGACGGUUGUCGCCGUGCGCGAUGCGCUGCGAAUACUAACGAGGACGCCGCAGCGCGCGGCCCUCCAGCGCUGGCGCGGGGCCGUGAGCGUGCUCGGCGUGCUGGAGACGCUGCGCGCGCUGAACAGCAUCGUCCCCCGGGCCUACCUAAGACGGUGGCGCGGCGCGGCGGCGGCCCCUGGCCCACGUCGAGUGCCGGUGGCGCGCCGGCCUCGACGGCCACCGACUCCGCCCGCUGCAGAUCGGGCGCGCGGCGCCGCGGUCCUGGCUCAGGCGGCACGCCGCAGCGAGUCGCACGCGACGGCCGCGCGAUGGCGCCGCUGGGCGCAGGUGCAUCCGCGCGAGAGCCCGGAGCGGUUCCCGAGCCCCGCGAACGAGCGCCACACGCCGAGCCCGGCGCGGUUCCCGCCGAGCCCUGUCGACGAGCAGCCGGCGGUGCACGUCGGGCCGCGCUGGCCGAGCGGCUCGAGCGGCUCGGGGGACGAAACGACGUACGCGGGCGCGAGUGCGCGCGCGGGCGCCGCGGCCCUCGCGGCCGUCGCCGAGAAACGCUGUAGAGGAGCUCUCGGGCGGGCGCUGCACGAGUGGCGCUUUGGCGUUGCGCGCCUGGCCGACGUCGCUGCCGGAGGCCGGCGCCUCGCCCUGCUCCUCUCGUACCAGCACCGGACGAGCCUAGCGACGCUGUUCCGGCGCUGGGUGUGUCAUGUGGCCCAGAUCGCCUAUCACGUGGCCCAGAUCGCCAUUGAGGACGCGGAGACGGAUCGGCGGCGGGCCGCACGAGAGGUCGCGGACGCGCAACUUGCCGUCGAGCGCGCCGCAGCGGACGCGGACGAGGCGCGCGCCAAAGCGGAGGAUGAUGGAGCCGCGGCCGCAGCUGACAGGCUCCGCCGGUCGCACGAGGUCGCGAGGCGGGCGCGGCGCGACGCGACACGUGCUCUGCGUGCCAUGACGGAGUGCGAGGCGCGGGCGAAGCGCGGAUUAGAUCUUGCGAUAGGGCGACUCAAAGUGGCGGCCGCUACCGAACAAUCAUUGAAACGGGAGCGCGACGCGUUCCUCGCCCGGAAAGCCCAGCUCGACGACCGCGAGAAAAAAGUGCAAGCGCUCGAAGCGCGCGCGAAGGUCGUCCGGCGGAAGCUCCGCGGGUCGAAAAAGGCCGACGCGGCUCGCCGCACGGAGAAAGAAGAAGUCCGGCGCCGCGAGCGGGCCCUCGCCGUCGAGCAAAAACGCGUCAAACGGCGCGAGCGCGACGCAGCGGAGAGGCAAACAGCGGCUCGCGCCGCCGCCAAGUCGCUGCAAAAUCGCGAGGCCCGCCUCGUCCGGUGGGAGACGUCGCUGCUCGCCGCAGAGCAACAUAACCUACUCGCCUCCGAGGCAGCGGCGGCGCGCGAGGCGAAAGCAAAAGCGGCAGCGCGCCACCGCCUCCACCGGGAGACGCUCAUCGCGCGCCGGACGGCGGCCGCGCCGGAGCCAUCGGAGCCAUCGAAGGUCCCGUGGCGGCCGUGGCGCCAGAGCGCGCCGGAGCCGCCGCCGCGACCUGCGCCCGCGCCCCGGACGCCGGCGGCGCUCGCCGCCGCGCGGGCGCGGGCGGGCGUGCCCCGUUCAGAACGGCGCGCGGCGCCGACCUCCGCGACGCCGCCGCCGAGCCUUCGCCGCAAGAAGGCGAAGAAGAAGAAAGCGGUCAUCGUGCGCGUGCCUGUUGCCGAGGCAGCGGCUCCAUCGACGCCCGCGGUCGAGGCAGAGAUGCCGCUCAAACCUGAGACGGAGUCGCCCGCGCCUCAAACAGCGGCGGGCCGGACGUCACCGGCGGCGACCGUCGCGACGGCAGCGACAGCGCCUGUGCCACCGCGCGUCGACGCACCGCCAGCGGCCGAGAAGCCGGGACCCGAUGUCGAGGCGCGUGCGGUCGCGGCGGCCGUCGCCGGCGAGACGGCGUACCGGGCCGUGCGCAUGCAGAGCCUGCGGCGGGGCAAUCUUGCUCGCCGGCAGGCUUUGCCCUCGUCUCCGCCCGAGGACUUGGCGCCGCCGCCGCCACCGGUCGCCACCGCAAAACCGCCCACGCCCGCGCCGGCCGAGGCGCCCACGCCCAAGAAGAAGAAGUCAAUGUGGGGCAAACUCCGAGCUGCCGUCUCGAUGAGUCCCAAGAAGAAGAGCCCCAAGAAGUCGCCGCCGGCGCGCGCCCAAAGCAUGGAGGAGCCGCCGCCGCCCCCCAAGGUGACGACUCCGGACCGCAGCCGCAGCCACGACGACGCCAGCGCAUCGCCGCCGCGGGCCGCCGCCACGUCGGAGCCGCCCACGCCGCUACAUGCCGAGGCUCCGCCGCCACCGGAGCCAGCAACGCCGCCGAGGGCCGCCGCCACAUCGGACCCGACCACGCCGCCACGUGCUGAGGCACAAACGACGCCGCGAGUCGACGAGCCGCCACCGGAGAAAGCGACGCCGCCGGAGCAAAGCACGCCGCCACGGGCUGCGCCGCGCACGACAGGGACGCAGACGGUGUCGCAGCGGCCACCGCGGUCGCCUCCUCGAUCGCCGCCGCGCCGGGACACGUCGCCCUGGGCGCGCCGCCGCGCGGCGCAUAACGAGUCCGCUCGCGAAUACGCACUCGCAAAGGAGGCCCAGCGCACGCCGCCGCGCUCACCUCCGCGAACGCCGCCCCGCUCGCGAACACCACCCCGAUCGCCCGCCGCGGCGAUGCAGACGUCGGCGGCGCGGACGCUGCCGGCGCGGACGCCACCACGAGACGACCUCGCGGCGCUCCAGCGCUUGCUUGCCGGUGCCACCGAGGAGUCAUCGACCGCGCCGUCGUCGCCCGGCCGCGCGGCGCUCGUUGCCGCCAUUGAUCGCGAGCUGCAGCUCCAGCGGCGCGGCCUCGAAGAGGUCGCCGCCGGCGUCCGCGCGCUCGUGAAGGGCUCGCGGCACCGCAAACCAGAGACGACAAUCGACGGGCGCCGCGCCGCCGUCGCCCGGCGGGAGGCGGACCUGGUAAAGGCCCUCGCAAAAGCCACCGAUCCAGAAAAGGCUCGCCGCCUCACGCGCGACCUCCACGCGUGCCGGCUCCACCUGCGAUCCCUCGAGUUCGAGGCCGCCGCGCGG